AUGUUGAACAACUCCCUAUUCACAACAGAAUCGUUUCUCCCAGUGUCGGGAACACACAGGCAAAUUUUGAAAUACCCCGAGGCUGAGGAGCUUGUAACCUUAGAGUUAAGGCAUACGUUGGAACAAAACUUACAUAUUUUCAUUCUAUUCAUCAACAUCUUCGGCGUGGUUACCAACAGCAUCAACCUUCGAGUGUUUGUCAGGCAGGGGAUUGCCUCAGAUACCACCACCAUCGGCCUCUCUGCUCUGGCCCUAUCCGACCUCAUGGGCUGUAUCUUCAUGAUACCUGCCUCCUUGUGCUAUGUGGUUAAGUUUGUGAACUACACAGACUACAGGAACUGUGUGUCGCUCACGUCUAUGACUUGUCACUAUCCGCACGUGAUGUUCUCUAGAAUCACAUGCUGGCUUACUGUAUACAUCUCGCUAGAGCGCACAUUGUGCGUUCUCAUGCCCCUUAAAGUCAAGUUUCUUCUGAGACCAAGAGUGGCGCGGAAUGCUGUUUUAGCCAUCUUCGUAUUCUUUUUUAUCUUUCACGUUCCUUUUGCAGCCAAUUCCCGAAUAAUUUGGGUCUUCAACCCAGCCUUUAACAGAAGCAUGACAUUAAACGUUGUUACUGAAAUCGGCUUGGUGUUUCUAUAUCUCAACAGCUUGAUAGGUACAACAAUAUUGUCAACCGUUGCGAUGGUGAUUGUUGCUAUAACGACCUCCGUGAUGCUGUACAAACUGAAAACCAUCCAGAAGUGGAGAAAGUCGAUCUCCUCCGCGUCCAAAUCUGACUCCAAAACUUCAAAAAAGGAUCUGGAAGUAUUCAAAACGGUUACCAUGGUGACGGCCAUCUACUUGCUGUGUUUGAUUGGUGGUCACACCCCUGGCUUUGCCAUGCUCUUUUUUCCCGGCGUCUCGAUAACUGGCGUCAACAGCAAUCUAUUUCUUGUGAUGUACACCUUCAAGUAUGUCUUUGAUGCCGUUAAUUCCUCUGUGAAUUUUCUCUUUUAUAUCCACAUCAGCAGCAAGUUCAAUGCUACGUUCAAUUCUCUGUACAGUCGAAAAUAUCGUGACUAG